UGAAACAAACAAUGCAUAUAACUUCACUCCUGGUUCUUCUUCUUCUUCUGGAACCCUAAAAAUGCCGCCAUUAGCGUCUCUGCAACUCCGGCGGCUCUUGUUCCGAUCCUUCCGUUCUUCUUCCAUAGCAUCCAUCUCCUCCUGUCAAAUCGAACCCUCACCCUCUCCUCCGUUUCACCACCACCACUCUUCCCAUUUCCAAUCCCCAACCCUUCUCACUCCAUCUUCACUCUUCAAAACCAGGCAUUUCUCAUCAUCAGAACCCUUCACCCCAACCCAAACUCUCCCAGAAGAUUCGGAUCCAGUUGCCACUGCACUCUCCUCGGAGCUUCUCAAAGACUCUGACUCAGACCCUCGCUCCGUCGCGCAACACCUCAACCUGAGCUUCUCUCACGUCACACCAACCCCCGAUUUAGUCCUCCAAGUCCUAAACCUCUCCCCUGGAGGCGGAAGAACCGUGUUAGGGUUCCACCAAUGGCUCGCUUCGCACCCCAAAUUCAACCUCACAGACGACACGCUCGCCCAUUUUGUUGACUAUUUCGGCCGCCGCAAGGAUUUCAAGGCCACGCACGAUGUUCUCUACGGCGGCGGUGGAGGGACCAAGACCCUUGUCGCGGCGAUCGACCGCCUUGUUCGCGCGGGGCGGCCGAGCCAGGCGGUUCAGUUUUUUGAGAGGAUGGAGCGGGAUUACGGCUUGAAGCGUGAUCGCGGUUCACUGAAGGUGGUUGUGGAGAAGCUGUGUUCCAAGGGUUUCGCCAGCUAUGCGGAGAGGAUGGUGAAGGAUUUGGCUAGGGUGAUCUUCCCGGAUGAAGCCAUGUGUGAUAUGCUGAUCAAGGGUUGGUGUGUUGAUGGGAAGCUUGAAGAAGCUCGGAGGCUUGCUGGGGAGAUGUAUCGUGGAGGGUUUGAGCUUGGUGUAGUGGCUUACAACGCGAUGCUAGAUUGUGUGUGUGAGCUUUGUCGCCAGAAGGAUCCGUUUCUGCUUCAUUCGGAGGCGGAGAAGGUGCUGGUUGAGAUGGACUAUCGUGGGGUUCCCAGGAAUGUGGAGACAUUCAAUGUUUUGAUAACGAAUUUGUGUAAGAUUAGGAAGACCGAGGAUGCGUUGAAAUUGUUCCAUAGGAUGGGAGAGUGGGGAUGCUAUCCCAAUGAGACUACAUUUGUUGUUUUGAUCAGGAGCUUGUAUCAGGCUGCAAGGUUGGAAGAAGGGGAUGAAAUGAUUGAUAGGAUGAAAUCUGCUGGGUUUGGUGCUUCUCUUGAUAAGAAGGCUUACUAUCAGUUUCUCACAAUUUUGUGUGGGAUUGAGAGGGUUGAGCAUGCUUUGAAGGUCUUUGCCAUGAUGAAAGCUGAUGGGUGUGAACCUGGGAUUAAGACUUAUGAUUUGUUGAUGUCCAAAUUGGGUGCUCACAAUCGCGUUGAUAAGGCUAAUGCUCUUUUCCAUGAAGCCCAGAGUAGAGGAUUGGCUGUGACUCCCAAGGAGUAUGCUGUUGACCCAAGAUACAAGAAGAAGAAGAAGGUCAAGGCUGUGAAGAAGAGGGAAACCUUGCCUGAGAAAAUGGCUAGAAAGAGAAGACGCCUGAAAAAGAUUCGGCUGAGUUAUGUUAAGAAGCCAAAACGAAUGAGGGGUCGAGUCUAGUGAUCUCAUUUUUUCAAUUGCAAGGUUUUGUAAUAGUUUCUUCCAUAUUCAAUCAUGUUUUCUUUGUCUCAUGCUCAGUUUUACUCUUAAAUAGAUUCAGAAAUAAAUUUUUGUAUGGAAACAAUCCUUUAAACAA